CAGUUUCGCUUUGUGACAUGACAUGUCUUGGGUCUCAAGAUCUCAUUUUACUAACCUGUUCUUUUCCCUCCUUCCUCAUUUUACCAUUUCAUUGCAGAAAGGUGUCAAAGCCAAGAGAGAAAAGAUUGUGCUGGAGUUCCAGCAGCUACGUCUGUUUUUGGAGGAACAGGAGAGGCAUCUUUUGGCUCAGCUGGGUGAACUAGAAAAGGAUAUGGCAAAGGAGCAAAAGGAAACUGUCAGACUCAAUCAUACCUUUUCUCUUCUCAGUAGCCUUAUCAGUGACUUGGAGAAGGACUGUCAGAGACCUGCUGGUGAAUUUUUGCUGAAUCUCAAGAAAACCUUCACCCGAAACAUUGGAAACAGAAUUAAAGAUUGACAGGACAUCUUGCCAGAACGCUUUGUCAGAGGAACAGAGGAACCUGCUACAGGUUUUGUGGCCAGUGACAUGUGAAGAUGCACAACAAAAAGCAAACA